AUGUUCUCCGCUCCAAAGGUAUUAUCGGCCCCUGGCCGAGGUGCUGCUCAGGCUUCAGCCAGCAGCAAUGACUACCGUGUUGUGUUACCCCGUCUUCCUAACGGUAAGCUGGUUGCGGACUCCGUUUUCCUGCAUGCUGACUUAAGUGGUCGACCGUACAGAGCCCAAGAUUUCAGAGACGCCCUUCGGAACGUUAUUGACCUGAAGGAAAUAAGUUCCAUCGGACAAUUUCAGAUGUCGCACGUGUGGAUGGUGACGUGCAAAUCAUCAAUGACAAAAUCAAAGCUAGUCACGUGCGGAGAAUUAUCCGUAAAAGGUAGACGCUGCCUCGUUAUUGACCCCGAGCCCACGGAAGUAAAAAUGAAGCUUUUAUGGCUUCCUGAGCGUUUGGAAGACGAUUACAUUCGAGAUGCGCUCCAGGCUUACGGGAAAGUGAAGUCCAUAUCAGUAGAAAGCUGGAGAGUAUCGGAAAUGGAGCAAAUGCGUACCCUCAAUCGUGACGUGGUGUUGACUCUUGCCGAUGGAGUCGGCGUGGCCGACGUUCCACAUCUGCUACACGUCUGUGGAGUGCAGAGCCUUGUAUUGAUUCCAGGCCGGCCCCCGCUUUGUCUCCGCUGUAACAAGGUUGGACACAUUCGUCGGAACUGCAGAACCCCACGUUGUGAAGCCUGCCGACGCUUUGGUCACACAGAUGAAGAAUGUGUUGUGACAUACGCCGACAAGUUACGGCACAGGACAAGGCCUCCAGAAGAAAGCUUGCAGGAACACAUAAUGGAUGUUACUGAGGUUCUCGAUGCAACGGGAGACGUUCCCUCUUCCGCGGAUACCAGCUGUGCCAGUAAGGCCCCUCUACAUGCUAAAGAGAAUGACAUCGCAGAACUGCCCGUGGAAAAGGAAAGUACCGAAGAGAAAGAAGCGCCCGCUACCACGCAGCCAGUUGCCGCCCAGCCAACGAAUGAGACAGCCGCUGAUGACUCAUCUGCUGCACCGAAGCACCUCAACACGUGCGCUAUGCUGGCAGAGGACAACCGAAGUAGCGCGGAUACGUCAAUUCCGAAGCGCCGUGCGACUAACAGAUCAGAGUCAAGCACGGACAGCGAGACGGCCAGUACCACAAGGAAAGCACGUCGCCGCAAAACAUCGACACAUUCAGGAAAGUGCCGGCGAUCACGGUCCAGGAGGCCUGGUGAGAGUUCGGAGGGAGCCUCGCCGUUACCCUCUAGGACCGACCGCAUAGAGAAUCAAGUGUAAAUAGUGGGUAGUCACCAUGGCCCUGUCCCAGCAACUUCUCUUCGCAACUUUGAACGUGCGAGGCCUUAGGUCUUUGCAGAAACAGGCGCAGCUUCGCCGGCUUUUGUCUAGGAAGCGCCUCGACUUCGUCGCCGUGCAGGAGACGAAGAUUGAGAGUGAUGACGAGACAGAAAGGGCUUUGCGACCUUUUCUGUCUGAAUAUAAUGUCUGCGUUUCACACGCUCUUGGUUUAUCCGCGGGCUGUUUCCUGUUUCUGAAAAAGAGCCUAUUUUGUUCAGCACUUAGUUACCAUGUAGACACUGAAGGUCGAUAUAUAUGUUGUGAUUUUGUGUUGCAGGGUGUGCCAUGGCGAUUAGUCAACGUCUAUGCAUUUAAUGACGCUGCAAAACGAAUUGUCUUCUUUGAUACUGUGCGUAGUCUAAUGGACUGUGAUCGUUGCAUUGUGUUAAUGGGAGAUUUCAAUUGUGUAUGUGAUCCGUGCGAUCGAAGCGGCAUUAACACUCAGCGGGACAGGAGUGGUGAAGUUUUAUCUAACCUAAUAGAAAGUGCAGGGCUCAUUGAUAUAGGAGUGUCGGGACAGGGAGCUCGCUCUUAUACACGAAUUCAAGGUCGCUCUUACGCCCGCCUUGAUCGGAUUUAUGUUUCUUCAUCCCUCCUCUCCCGGGAACUGUCCUGCACUACUAUCCCAGUUUCGUUCUCUGAUCAUUGCAUGGUUAUCGCAAAGAUUGGUGAGAAAUCUGUAACUAAUUUCCGACCACAGUGGGCACUCUGGAAGCUUAAUUCUGAGCUCCUAAAUGAUCAGGAAUUUAUUAAUCGCGUGCGCAUGACCCUAAAAAAUUCUCUUUCUACUGACUUGCCGUUAUUUGCAGAUUGGGAACUCUUUAAACAAGAGGUUCGUACAGUGGCUAUAGAAAUUGGAUCGCUGAAAGCAUUCUAUAGAAAGAAUGAAUAAACAAUACUUCUUAAAAGCCUACACAACCUUUAUCAGAUGGAAUGCGAAAUGCCAGGCACUUACAUUGUUGACAUAGAAAAUCUUAAAUGUGAGUUGCAAAAGUAUGAUGCACUGCGUUACAGAGGUGCGCGAGUUCGAUCUCGAAAUAGGCUUGCUCUGCAGUCUGAGCAACCAACACGUCAAGCUUUACUUGACGAGCGACGUCACGCUGUUUCUAAAGUAAUUCCGGAAAUAUACUCCGAAGGUAGUCUUCUAACAAAUACUAAUGACAUAAUUUCUCAGUUCGAAACUUUCUACACUAUGUUGUUUAGUGCCCCUCCGGAUGAUCACGAUGCAAAAGUUUUAGAGAGUUUUGUAUCUCUUGUAAAACCAUUACAGGAUGAUGAAUGUGCAGUUAUGAGUGGUAGCCUUACGAUCCAAGAAAUUGAACUAGCUAUUGAUCAGCUGCCUCUGUCGAAAACACCCGGCCCUGAUGGACUUUCCUGUGAAUUUUACAAAGCUUUCAAACCAAUUAUCAGCCCCAUAUUAUUGGACAUUUUUAUUACAAGUUUAGAGGUAGACGCCCUUCCGCAAUCUUUUUGCAAAACCCACACAGUUUUAAUUCCUAAAAGUGCAGAUAAGGAGAAACUGCGUUCUGUUGAAAGCUACCGACCAAUCACAUUGUCAAACGUGGAUUAUAAAAUUUUUGCAAAAGUUUUAUCGAAUAGAUUGCAAUUUGCGAUGUCAAUUCUCAUUGGUUCCCAUCAGACGUGUGGAAUUAGGGGCCGAUCCAUUCAAACCAAUAUACAUAUCGCCCGUACACUCCUUCAAUACUGUUACGGUUCCACUGAGCAGCUUGCAAUGCUCCAGGUAGACCUUGCUAAAGCUUUUGAUCGUGUCAGUCACUCCUAUUUAUUUACACUUCUGGAGCAUGCCAAUGUUGGCUCCGUUGUGCUUAAAGGCGUUAAGCUUUGUUAUACGUGUUGUACUACUCGUUUAGUUAUUAAUGGGCCAACUCUCUAAACCCGUUUCCAUUUGCUCUUCGGUAAAACAAGGAUGCCCUAUGUCCCCAUUACUAUUCGCCCUUUAUCUGGAACCGCUAUGCUUAAGCGUUAUUCAGUCGAGUUACAUCCAUGGCUUCAAUAUACUGGGUCAUGAAGUAAAAGUCUUAGCUUAUGCAGAUGAUUUAGCGUUCUUCUGCACGGAUAAGUCGAGUGUUGAAAAGGUAGUAUCAACAAUAGAGGAAUUUGGCAGCGUAUCAGGAGCACGAAUGAACUCCGCAAAAAGCUUAGGCUUAUGGUUUGGCUCAUGGUGCUAUACACCAGAACAGUUUGCAGGCGUUAAUUGGACCGGUGUCCCGCCAAAGUAUCUCGGCGUGCCGCUAGACGCAUAUAAAUUAAGCGCACACUAUUGGAAAGAACAAGUUUCGGCCCUGCAAAGUUACGCCCAGACAUUCGUUCCACACCGACUUUCUAUUUUUGGGAAAGCCGAGGCCUGCAAUAAGUUCUUGGCAACAAAAAUUUACUAUGUAUUGCAAGUUAUACAUUGUGCCAGGCUCUACAUCCAACGCUUUCACCGAAUCUUUGCAACCUUCGUAUGGUCUUCAACUUUUGAGCCCAUGAGGCGAGACAAUAUUUUCAGGCCCGUUAGUGAAGGUGGACUGGGUUUAGUGCAUCUUUAUGUGCGGCAAAUAGUGUCUCGUUUCUUCUUUUUUCGCGAUACAUCGCAUCCUAUACUUCGGUCAUUCAUGCAAGUCACACUUGUUAAUGCGUUACCCGACUUAAUUGUUUCUUCGAAUUUUUCUUCGCGUUUAUGCUUGUGGGGAUUCAUGCAAGAAGUUUACUUGGCGAUUCGUUUCCUGACAGUUCGGUUUUCCACUGAAUACUUGUACUCUGCGUCGCGUAAAACGUUAUACAAAGAUCUAUUGUGCAUGCUUUUUCCGCCUCCAUUUUACCGAUCACUAUACAUUCAAUGGCCAGGUCACGAUGUUCUAAAGCGAGUUCGUAAAAUGUAUGUAUCCCCUUGCUGCAAAACGUUCUUUUAUAAACUUCAUAGUGAAACCAUACCGGUUAAAACAUGGCUACAGAAAAAGGGUAUCUUUGUCUCUUCUGUUAACUGUCGCCUUUGUGACGUGCCAGAGACGAUUGAACAUUGUUUUAUUAGCUGCACCGACGCCAUACUAUUUUGGGAUGUCCUCCAACGGACUUUAAAAAAAGACUUUGACAUCAACGCUCAUACUGUGCGAUACCUGCUGCCGACCGCUGAUAAUAGUGCGCCUUUUGACAUGUUUUUUCUCAUCGGAAUGCACAGUUUGUGGAAAACGCGAAUGAUGGACAGAAACGCCGAAACGGUUGUACCUACGAGGGUGAAUUUCAUCCAAAUGACUCUACACCUAAAGCAGGUUUAUGAUGGACUUGAUACCCAGCCGGACUGGUACCCCAUUUUGGUGAGGUGCCUAUCCUUACCACCCUUCUAAAGUGAAACCACAUUUCUACCCACAGUAUGAACGAUGCCUUUUCUCUGAGUGACUGUCAGUGUGCUCUCCAUUCUCUGACUACGCACAACUGGUGAAUAUCGGGUUGUUGCUACUGUA